GUUCAAACCAAAACUGUACUUUGGCAAUGUUAACAUGGUUAAAACAUCAUCAUUGGAAGAAAAACUGAGGACUGUAAUUGAAAAGAAGUAUCCACAUCAAGAUUCUGUGUCCCUUGCCAAAGAUGUUCAUUUCUAUGGGACCCAGUAUGUAAAGGGCAUGAUAGUUUCUGCUGGGCAAUGCAGUGGACUGCCACAUUUCUACAAGAUACUGAACAUUGUGGUCAACUUUGAGAAAGUGUCCUUUGUCAGUAGAAAGCUCUCCUCUUGGUUUAUCGAACAUUACAGGUCUUACCAAGUAACUGACAGCGGCACAGACAUUGAAAUCCUGGAUCCAGAGGCUUUGAAUGAUUACCACCCUUUGGCUGCAUACCCAGUUGCUGGAAAGUUAAUGGUGACCCCCAGGACGUGCCUGCUGCAUUGAAUGAAAUGGCUUUGUUACUGCGAGUACACAUAAAUCUGAAACUUAUCCGGAAAGUCCAGCUGACGAAGACCCCUGAAUCUUUGGACGAACUAAAAAAUGUACUACGAGAAAAACUUGAACUUGACGGUGAAUUCGCUGUACAGUAUGAAGACCCAGAUUUUGGGAAUGCAGUGUGUAACCUGAUGGACAUUGCAGAGUUGCCACCAGAAAAGGCUGUCUUGCACAUUAUUUGGAAUAUUGAUGAAUCGCAGACGCCAUCCCAUUCAUCCUCCAUCUCUUCCCUUGAUACAGCCAGCAUCAGUUCACCAGCCUCCUCCCACAGCUCAUCUUCAAUUAUUCGCACCUUCAUGAGAAACAUUUCAGAGUGGCCUUCUCCAUUUGUGGUCCCCUCUUUCUCAUAUGAUGUGGAGUUAAAGCUCCGUAAGGGCAAUGACAUUUAUGAAAAAACUGGGCAAGGUCUAAGUGUAACGAGAGACAUGAAAAUGGAAAUUCUAGACAAGCUGGCACAAGAAAUAUUUGCUCUGAAAGCCUACCCUGAGAAAUAUCAAAUAGUAUCGGUUGCCUCUGAACUUGUCAACAAACAUCCGUGCCUUAAGGAGCCUGGUAGCGGCACAGGAUACGAUGGUUGGACAACAAGCAUCAAGUACAAACUUGGAAACUACCAAUCUAAACUGCGCCAGGCUGGAUGUAAUGAGGUCAGUGUAAACAGGAAAAGAGGGAGGGAUGACGAAGUUGAUGAGGGUAGGUUUUCCUUGAAAAAACCAAAGCGAGGUGAAGUCAAUCAUGUUCCUGAUCAUCCAGAAAACUACAAUGAUGAGACACUAGAAGACCAGAGAUGUGUCCUGGUGGGUGAAAUGAAAAAGAAGGGGAAAGACAUGGAACUCAUCAGACAGAAGAUGGACCUCACAUUCUCCCUUAGGAGAAAGGAGAUCGUGGAGGUGGAGCCCAUGGUCUUGGAAAUCCAGGAGAGAUGGCCUGCUCUCUUUCUGAGAGAACAGGCAAGACAGAUUUAA